AAAGGGGGUGUAGAGAAUCUAGAAAUGGCCAUUCUUUUUCAUUUUCCUCAAAAACCCAGAACAGAUUAUUUAAUGGAAAACUAAGUCCAUGGACGACGGAGAGAGAGAGAGAUAGCCUAAGGAAGAAGAAGAAGAAAGGGGAGGAAGAGAAGGAGGAGUGAGGAAAAAGCAGAGAAUAAAAAGAGACCGGAUGUUGACAAAUUAUAUGUCACUGUUCUUAGAAGGUCGUUUGUUUGUGUGAAUUUUUCUUAUCUGGGAUCUCUAUCUCUCUCUCUCUCUGUCUCUCUUUCUCUCUUCCAGAGAGACUGGCCCAGCAGAUCGAAAUCUCUAUCUUUUCUCCAGUUGAUGACGAUCUAAACUCCUGAAAUGGAGUUAGAAAAAACACCAACUAUGUUUCUUUAUUUCUAAUUAACUUCUUUCUUCUUUCUUCUUCUUCAUCCACGGGAAUUCCCCCAGAGACUCAAUAAUCGAAUCCAUGGCCGAUUGCAGGAUGUUGAUGAUGAUGAUGAUGAUGCUGUUGUUGUUAUGAGGGAAUGGGAACGAAAGUAGAGGUUAAGAACAAUAAUAAUAAUAAUAAUUGUAACAGUAAUAGUUAUUUCCCUGGAUAUUACUCCAUGAGAGAUCUUAACAACGAGGACUCCAGUAGUAACAGUUGGCCGCAGUUUUACUCUGAUAACACCAGCAACAAUAACUCAAUCAACGCGAAUGGAACAAUUUUGAAUAAUGGUUUCUUUCCUCCUGGUUAUGAUAAGGAUUCUGUUAAACAGACAAUGCUUCAGCACGAAGCUAUAUUCAAGCAUCAGGUUAUUGAACUUCAUCGAGUUUAUAGAAUACAAAGAGAUAUGAUGGAGGAUUUCAGAAGAAGGGAGUUGCAGAAGCAUGUCAUACCAAUAGAGAUGUCUUCAUCUUCGAGUCCAGUUGCUCCCAGGUUGUUAGAUGCAAACAAAUGGCGUAAAUCCAGCUUCUCUGGAAGAGGACAGUCUGUUUCAGGUGCUGAGGUCAUUACUAGCAAACAAACAGGACUGUUUCCGUGUGGUGGGGAUAAUUCGGAGGAUUGUGAGAUACUUGAUUCUAGACCUUCCAAAGUGAUGAAGAGAUUGUUUGAUUUGCAGCUCCCACCUGAUCAACAGUAUAUCGACUCUGAAGGAGAAAACUCCCCAAUUCGUGAAAGAGAUGGUUUGAAACAAGGUUGUUUUAGAGGUAUUGCUGAUUUGAAUGAGCCUGCUGUUCAAGUUGACGAAGGAAUAGUCACUGGUGCGCUUAACUUGAAUGAUAGAUCGGGUAAAGCUGUUGUGGAUCUAACAGCUAAAUCAAAGUCCCCGUUUUUCGUUGGUUUUCAGAAUGAAAACAGAUAUGGUAACAGUAAUAGCUUCUUUGAGAACAAAGGAAAAGGGAAUGAUUGGUUGCCCCAUAUCAAUGAAGCAGUUACAGGGAACAAUAAAACAAAUAUGAAUCUAAUUCCUGAAAGCAGCUCGGUUAAGCCUGUAUCAAUCAAUGGGUUUGAAACCAGCCGAGAAAGAAAACAAGACCUGUUUAUAGACCGCAGAGUACCAUGGUUAAGUGGUAAUCCAAUCAGGAAUUUUGAACCAUCUCAGGCUACAUCUUCUUCAGUGAAUCGUAAUGGUUAUUACCAUGGCUCUCCUUCGGUUCCCAAGGAAACCACACCACCAGGUUUCCCUUCAGUUGGACGAACGAUAAAUUGUCGUUCAAAUCACUUUGAUCUGCCAGAUCUGAAUAAAAUUUCAUAUGACGGUUUUUUCAACCAUGAAGAUGAUGGAAAGAAACAACCUGAUGAAGAACAACAUGUGGGAGUUGCUGCAGCUGAGUUACCUUGGCUUAAAACAAAAGUAGCUGAUGAAGAACAGCAUGUUGGAAACAUCCCAGGUUUCCCCAUUCCCUCCUCAAAAUCUAAAGAUGAGCCCCUACCUUCUCAAGGUAAUAAUAAUGGUUCAAAGGCAAGGAUGAUCGAUAUAAACGUCGCCUAUGAUUCUGACUCGGACAAAACAACUCCUCCCAAGGAAGUAGGUGCCAACAAUUCAAUAUUCCUGAUUGAUUUAAAUUCAUGCGUAUCCGACGAUGAACUUCCAUCGCCACCUUUGAUUACUAGCAGAAAUUCAUUAUGGAGGGGCUGUGUCCAGAUUGAUCUGGAAGCCCCGCCAGCCGAAGAACCAGACUUCGACGACGACAUUAUUGAAGAAGAAGAAGAAGAUAAUACGAGAGCUGCUGCUGAGGCAAUAGUUGCAAUUUCGACAACAGCUCCUAUUAGCCAGGAUAAUGAGAAAACAAGCUGGCUGCCCUUAGGAGAAGAUUCAAUGGAGGAUCCCCUCUCAUGGUUUGCGGAUAUACUAAUAUCUUCUCCUCAUCCUCCGGCCAAGGUCAGCCGUAGGUCGUCAUCAUCCUCGUUGGAUGAAUUUGAGAUGAUGACACUGAAUUUACCAGAAAUGAAGGAAGAAGAAUACAUGCCCAAGCCUCUUGUACAAAUACUGAACAGGGAAGAAGACGAGAUGGAUGAAGCAGGAACAGGAACAGUCUCUUCAAUGGCUAACCGGACAAGGCGGGGACCAGGAAGGAGAGGACGUCAGAGGCGGGAUUUUCAGAGGGAUAUUCUUCCGGGCUUGGCUUCUUUGUCUAGGCAUGAGGUAACUGAGGAUAUUCAAACGUUUGGGGGUUUAAUGAGAGCAACCGGGCAUCAAUGGCAGUCGGGAGUGACGAGGAGGAACGGGUCGAGAAACGGGUCGGGGAGGGGAAGAGGGAGACGGCCUAAUUCUACGUCUGUGGCGGCGGUCCAGGUAACAACCACCACCACCACCACCACGGGUCCAAGUAGUACAGAUUGCACCCAACUGAUUCAACAGAUGAGCUGUGCAGACGAUGUUUGGGGGAAGACUCCCAGGCGACCCCGCCGACAGAGAUCUUGUCCGCAGGGGAAUAAUCCUCCUCAGACGACGGUACUUCUCGCAUAAUCAUCAUUAGUAAUAUCAUCGUCAAUCAUAUGAUCAUAUGUGGUUUGUUUGUGGGAAACUUAUAGAGUGGAAGAAGUUACUGAAACUUGGAACUUUUUUUUCAUUUUUCUUUUCUUAAUUGAGAAAGAUUGUGGGAGUGGAAUUAUUACUUUUUUUAUACUAAUUCAAAAUUACUAUUAUUUAGUUUAUGGAGAAUUGGGAUUUUGUACAUGUCUUCCUCUUUUACCCAACUGUUAGAUUAGAAACUUUGUAUUAUAACAUAAAUAAUGUCUCAAUGGGAUUAUUAAUGUUGUUCA